UCACUAUCAUAGAGAUAUCAAUAGUGCUAUACUUGUUGCCAUGGGUGAGACAUCUUGGGCCCAGCAGGCCGUCGACCACUUUUUUGAGGGGCGCAAAUACCCUACCCAGAUCCAGUGCGACCAAAUUGCGCGAUCCGUCUCGAAUGCUUCGGACGUCUACAAUGUCGACACGCCAGGCUCGAUGAGCUACACUGUCGUCUGCACAGGUCGUCAGGUAGCGAAUCCGGCCCUUGUUGUAUCUUUCCGAGAGCCAGAAGCCCACCUCGACCAGAGCAUGGGGAAGUUAGCACAGGAGAUCCACGGCUCCUUGGUGCCUGAGGUAUCACAACACGGCAUGGUAGAUCGUGCAGAUCCCCCCCUAGCCAUCUAUACCAUGCCGUACUUGCCAGGAAUCUCGUGCCUCAAUGCUCUUACCUGCCAGGUUGAGAUGGAUGAGGUAACGGAGGCCAGACAUGUUUGCUUUGUUCGGCACCUUGCCAGGUACUUUGCUCGAUGCUGGUCAAAGCCGCAGUAUGUGACAACAGAAGCGCGAGCAGAGAGUCUGGAGAGAAUUCAACGCAGACUCGCUUUACUAAUUGGGUCAUCAUCUGUUCUUGGUACCUCAGCAGUGUCGGAGUUGGAUCACAGCCUCCCUACACUCUUCGCAUGGGAAUAUCCACAAGUUCUCACGCAUGGCGACUUCUCCAGAACCAAUAUUUUAGUUGACGAGGACACCUACGAAAUCACGGGAAUCAUCGACUGGUCUCUUGCGGCGAUACUGCCGUUCGGUAUGGAGCUGGACUGCCUGUUCUUGACGACGGGGUACAUGGACCGCGGUGGCUGGCACGACUACGCCUGUCGCUCGCGACUGCAUGAAGUUUUCUGGGAUGAGUUCUGGUCUGCUUCUGGAGUUGGAGAUGAUAGGCGGCGAGAUGAAGUUCGCGACAUGGCUGAGCGGGCGGCUAAGAUUGGUGCUAUUCUGCGCUACGCUUUCCAGCGCAACGCGGAUGGUUCGCCCUCUGAGACGUUGGCAUCUGAUGGAGCUUUGACAUGGAGGUAUCUACAGGCAUGGCUUGCCACUUAGCUCCCCGGAUCGAUGGAGAAGGCGAACGCUUCUUGGGCUCAAAAUGCACUAUGGUUAGUGUAAAAUAUAUAUAUUACGAACGAC